AUGGCGAGAUCGUUGGGCUUGAGUAAAAUUUUAGAGCCCGCGCUUCCCGACGUAAUGGAGACCGCGCUUCCUCACGGUGCUCGGAUUUCGGUUCAUCCUCCGGCUACACCGCCCGGUUUGGCGGCAUUGUUCGAAGCGUGUCGCGCCACUUAUCCUGACCAACCGAAUCCGUUGCAAGUUAAUGCUGUUGUGAAGUAUUGGUUGGGUGGCCCUGAUCCAUUAGAUUACAUCAGCAUGUACGCGAAUCCUGGGGAUCCCGUCACUGAUACGCCUGCACAUUGGCAUUAUAUCAGUUUUGGUUUGAGCGACUUGCAUGGAGAUGGCCGGGUCCAUGCUAGGAAUUUAGGGGAUCAAGUGCCGAACCAACCUUCCGGUUUCGGAUUCGAACUUUCAUUCCGAUUGAAAUCAUUGCCCGAAGAAGAUUCUCCCCCCACGUGGCCUGCUGCUAUCAUGCAAGCUCUAGCGCGCUACGUCUUCAAAUUUCGUAACCUAUUUUGUGUCGGUGAUCACAUAUCAUGGAAUUGUCCGAUUGAUGGCGGUGUGACCCAACUUCAACACUUUUUGCUUGCCGAGGAUCCCCAACUUGGUGUUGUUCUGACGCCUUGCGGCAGUGUGCAAUUUUUGCAACUCGUAGGCAUUACGGAUGAUGAACUGCGAACUGUACAGCACUGGAACGGACCGGAAAUUCUUUCGGUUAUACGGCGUGUGAUGGGGUGUGGCGGUGACUGGUUGGUGACGGACCUCGCGAGGGAAAGCGUUUUUGCGUGUGACCCAUCCGUUAAAGAAGACGUGAGAACCGGGAUUUUGCGCGACGGCUCGAAUCUCAGUGGUGUUAGUGCGCAAUGUUGUUGGUGCGAAAUGAUUUCUAUCGCUGGAGAAGUUCCGUCGACGAAAACGCUUGCCAACAGCAUCACGAUGGCGUCGUUUAAUGGAAACUCUUCGUCUGGAAUCGAUGCGUUGACCGGAUCGAUGAGCUGUAUGGCCAUCAGCCAGGAUCUGGAAAACGUGUCCGCAGCACAGAUGAAGCACAAUAACAGCGUAGCAUUUAAAGAACCCGGAAUGAGGAGCAUUUCUGCUCAGGAAUCUCAGCAAUUGUGCAAUGUGUUACGGCGGGAUUCCGCAACUGCGGGUUCUUCACGGUAUAAGGCAAAAUCCAGUUCUAUAGAUGUGGUUGCAAGAUCUACUAAUCAAGCCAUUGGAGAGUAUCUUGGAGGGAAUCUGGAAUCCACAGCGAAGUCAUUAGAAUUCAUUCCGUCGAAGCUGUUGAACGGCGUGCAUCUGUGUUUCAAUUAUGAAGCCGGAAACUUGCUCCCUUUAGCGUUGCAAGGAAGAGUGAUGCAUGGCAGGCAUUUCACCUUCCAAGGAGUGGCGGUGGGGAACGACGACGCCAACGUUGUUGGAGGAAAUGUGAUAACUUUUGUUGCUGAAAAAGUGAAGGGCACUUGGGCUUCCGUUGCACACCCUUACGCUUCUCGUGGCUCGUGGCUCCAUGUUCUUCUCACGCCGACGCUUGCCGAAAACAUUUUCUUUGAAGUGCAGAAGGCUCUGGCUGAGGGUUUCCAGACCGUCGGACCGAGAACACUGGAGUGGCCUGAACACAAGAUGACAAUGAGCCCGAAAAAAGGAACAGACAAGAGCGGUGCCUCUUCCGGCACCGGAACCAAGACGAAGAAGAAAAAAAGUGGUUCCGGUCGUGCACCAGUGAUAGUUGAUGGGUUGCCCAUCGGUGAAAUGUCGCGCGAGCAAGUGGAGGACCUGGUUUAUCGAAUGCGCGCCGAAAUGGAUCGGGAACGAGCAGCGCGGAAUCGAGCCGAAUUGGAACUGACUCGGGUCAAUUCAUUUUGGUCUAUCGCCCAGUCUGAAGCUUCUUCCCUCAAGGAUAACCUCACUGUUAGAGAUCGUGAAUUGGAGGAGACCGCAAAACGCCAUGCGUCGCAAGUCAAAGAACAUAAGCAACGUGUGAAAUCCCUCCUGUUCGAACAACGAGCGUCAAUCGGAGAAAUCCAAGAAGGAAUUGUUGCUAGAAUAGCUACUGAACGUGACGAGCACCGUCAGCGUGAAGGAGAGCUUCGUUUGGAGAACACAGAGCUCAAACUCGCAGCUCAACACCACGAAGUGUCUUCUCACGAAAUGCUUCGGGAUGCUGCGCUGAAGCACGCUGCCGAGCUGAAAGCGACUCGAGAGAAAUUUGAGUCUUCGUUGGAUCGGCUGGAGAAGAAAUGGGAGGCUCGGUAUUCGACGUUCAAAGCUGAUGCUGAUGUGCAGAGAGAAAGCGAGUUGCAUCAAUUAUCUGAACGGAAAAACGCCCAGAUUCGCAGUUUGAUAGAGAAACACGAUCGAGCGUUUGUGGAGGUGAAAACGUAUUACGAUGACAUCACGCUAAAUAACCUCGCGCUCAUAAACUGUCUGAAGAAUGAGCUCGCUACUGUCAAGGCCCGCGAAGAAAAGCUAGAAAAGGAAGCUGCCGAACGCGCUUCAGAAAACAAGCGCCUCGCAGAACCUCUCGAAAAGGCGAAACAAGAGCUGGCUGAAGUCCGUGUCAAACUCAGUGCUCGCGAACGUGAAACAGAGCUCGUUCGUAAGGCUGAAUCACGAUCGAAAGAGGCUGCCAAAAUCAGCGAGAAACUCCGCUGGGAAAACGAGCGCUUGCAAAACCGACUCAUCAAGAUACAGAAGGAACGCGACGAAUUGUACGAGAAAUUUGUCAAGGCGAUCGCUGAAGUCCGCGAGAAAAAUGCGGCGAAAAGCAUCAUCCUGGAGAAGCAACUCUCGACGUUGAAUGCGGCAGUCGAAGCCAAGGACGUGCAAUUGGACGAAGUGAUGCGAUCGAGUUCAUCACCAGCCGUCGCGGCGUCGUUGGCGAAGAAAAUUGAAGACGUGAUUGAAACGAAGAACGCGACGAUCGCGAAUUUAAAGCGCGAAGUGGCUGAAUUGUGUGUAGCUCACAAUGAUCUUCUUGGUGGGAAUAUGGCCAGCAACUGUGUCCCAGUUCGUCCAUCCUUUGCGUGAAGUAUCCGUCCACGUAGCUCUUCUAUGCAUCUUCAAACUUCUGAAAACAGCGCGUGUCCAGAAUGAACAGCGAGUCAGCCACAAAGUCAACGCACAAUAUUUCCUCGAUUUUAUACAGUUGAACCUCUUCAAGUCGAACUUCAAGGGACCAGCAAAAUUUCGAGUUGGGGAAGCAAGCACUAUUGUUUGGGGAUUAGAAGAUGAGUAAUUGGUGAUAUUCUAGGCCUUGAAUCGCUUCUGAAAUGAGUCGAUGGGAUACUGAACUUGGGAGGCAAAGGUUAACUUGCCGAAAUAGUCCUUCACUUCCUUUUAUAACGUUUUUUUGCACUUCGUUUAUUGCUUUUCUCUUUCCUUUGUUGCACUUCGUUUAUUGCUUUUCUCUUUCCUGUGUCACUGAAAUGAUGGC